CUUGCUUCAAUAUAUCAAAUACACACAUAAAAAUGUUACGAGUACAAAAUGCCACGGCCGUUACACUUUAAACUUUGUCUAAAACUGUAAUUAAAUUCAAUAAAAUACAUAACUUUAUGUUUUCUGAUACUGAUGGGGGUAAAAAUGAUUGUGGGCGCAAUCAUUCACAUGCAACAGUAGUGGACCCGCCAAAAUUCUUAACUCAUUUCUGCUUCAGGCUUAUAAGUGUACGAGUAGUGGCCAGAGAGAGAACUACAACAGAAAACCAUUCCAUUAUAGUUUCUUCAACGUCCAACAAUGGAGGAGACUGCGGGAAAGGUAGUGAUCGACACCCCAUUCUUCCGGAUCUUCACGGACCUCCUAAUUGAUCGUCUGGUCGGCGAGGAAACCGUCCCGUCCUCUGCCAACGCCAACACCGGCGUCCGAUACAAAGACGUCGUCGUUUUGUCCAACACCGGACUUCCGCCCGAAUAUUCAUCCCUCAAACACCCGACCCGACCAGUAAACACUCUCUCCUCGUUUUCUUCCACGGCGGCGGGGUUUGCGUCUACUCCCCGCUACCAUGAUCACGUCGCCGCCCUCGCCGCCGGCGCAAACGCCGUCGCUUUGUCUGUGCACUACCGGAGGGCGACGGAGCACCUCCUCCCGACGGCAUUCGACGACGCGUUGGAAGCUCUCCGGUGGGCCGGGGCCCACCGUGAAGAAAAUGUGCCGGAGGCCUGGCUCAACGAUUACGCGAAUUUCGAUCGAGUCUUCGUGGUUGGAGCCAGCGCCGGAGCGACCAUAGCGCACUACACUGUAAGACAGGCCGGCGUGGAUGGGCUUCGUGGGCUGGGCAUUGUUGGGCUGGCAACGGUGCACCCGUUUUUCAACAAUGACGAACCUGAUAAGUUGAUAGAGAUUAUUUUCCCGACCCGAAUCAAGUCGGGUGACCCGAGGCUGGACCCGGAAAAGGAUCCGGAGUUGGGGAUGCUAGGGUGUGGGAAGGUGUUGGUUUUUGCGGCAGAGAAGGAUUUUUUAAGGGAAAGGGGUUCUUCCCGGUCAAGAUAGAUGGGAAGGAGCCCUAUCAUGUAAAGGCCAUAACCAGCCUUCUUAUGUACAUACACCUUUGUUUCAGGGCCGCCCUUCCUCCUGCUAAUUCAAUCAUUUUCGAACCUAUCUUUCCCACCCCAUUUAAUGGAGGACUUCUCAAUUCUUGCGAUUCCCAACUUAUUCUUAUUAUAUAUAAUAAGAAUUUUCCCUAAGAAGGUCAGGCUCUGAAGCCCUUCAUUCAGCUGGUUUUGGCUUUCCCCUUGUCUAGGUUGGAGCUAUGAAGCUUACCUUAUUAUUAUGAAAAGGGGAAAGGGCUUUUUCAGCUUACUGCUCGCUUUCUCGCUUCCGAGAGGUUCACCACUUCUCGUCCUUUAAUUUUUUUAGCGAUCAUACGGAAAAUAAGAGUUGCUCUCCCCGAUCCUUCAUUAAACAAUAUCCAGACCUCAUCUUUUCUGAUUUAUAAGUCGAUCAGUGCCGUCUUAUAGAAGGAAAGUGAAUGGAAUGGGGAAGUGGAGAUAGUGGAAACGGAAGGAGAAGGGCAUUGUUUCCAUUUGGUGGACCCGACUUCUGAAAGGGCUUUGGCUUUGAUGAAUAAGCUGGUUUAGUAGAGAAACAACAUAAAUGAUAUCUAGAAUAAUAUUUGUUGUGUGAUAAAUAUCUAGAAUUGUAUUUGUUGUAUCUGGACUGUGUGCUUUGAUUUUUUCUUUUUCUUUUUUCUGAAUAAAACAAUUUAUAGGUAUAUAAUUACAUGUUUUUCGAUUGUCUACAUAUCUUUU